UAAAAAGAGUUUAGAAAUGCGAACUGUUAUCGGCCAUAAAUCAGGAAUAGAAACUAACUAUGGCGAUUUAGGCUAUGCUUACCUUAGAUUAGGAGAUUAUGAGAAAGCUAUUGACUAUUUUAAAAAUAGUUUAGAAAUCCAAACUGCUAUCGGCCAUAAAUCAGGAAUAGAAACUAACUAUGGCCAUUUGGGCAAUGCUUACUUUAGAUUGGGAGAAUAUGAGAAAGCCAUUAGCUAUUACAGAAAAAGUUUGGGAAUGAGUACUGCUAAUGGCAACAAGUUAGGAAUGGCAAUUAACAAUCGCCAUUUGGGUAAUGCCUACCUCUAUUUAGGAAAAUAUGAGGAAGCCAUUGAAUGUUAUAUAAAAGGUUUAGAAAUUAGUACUGCUAUAGGCUACAAGUCAGGAAUAGCGACCAACAAUAGCAAUUUGGGCAAUGCCUACCUUACUUUAGGCGAAUAUGAGAAGUCCAUUGACUAUUUCAAAAUAGGUUUGGAGAUGAGUACAGCUAUUGGUGAUAAGUCAGGAAUGGCUGAUAACAAUGGCUAUUUGGGCUAUGUUUAUAAUGAAUUAAGAGAAUACGUAAAAUCCGUUGGCUAUUCAAAAAAAGGUUUAGAAUUGAGUACUGCUAUUGGUGAUAAGCUAGGUAUAGCAAGUAAAAAUUGCAAUUUGGGUAAUGCCUACUUUGGUUUGGGAGAAUAUGAGAAGGCUAUAGCCUACUUUGACAAAGGUUUAGAAAUUAGUACCGCUAUUGGCGAUAAAUCAUGUAUAGCAACUAUAAAUGGCAAUGUGGGCAAUGUUUAUCUUCUGUUAGGAAAAUAUGAAAAAGCCAUUGACUUUUUUAAGAAGAGUUUAGAGAUGGAAACUGCUAUCGGCCAUAAAUCAGGAAUAGAAACUAAUUAUGGCAAUUUAGGCAAUGCUUACCUUAAAUUAGGAAAAUAUGAGAAAGCCAUUAGCUAUUAUAGAAAAGGUUUAGAAAUGAGUACUGCCAAUGGCGAUAAGUCAGGAAUUGCUGCUAACAAUGGCAAUUUGGGUAAUGCCUACAUCUAUUUAGGAAAAUAUGAGGAAGCCAUUGAAUAUUGUAUAAAAGGUUUAGAAAUGAGUACUGCUAUAGGCGACAAGUCGGGAAUAGCGACUAACAAUGGGAAUUUGGGCAGUGCCUACCGUAAUUUAGGCGAGUAUGAGAAGUCCAUUGACUAUAUCAAAACAGGUUUGGAAAUGAGUACAGCUAUUGGUUAUAAAUCAGGAAUAGCAACUAACAAUACCUAUUUAGGCAUGACCUACCAUAGUUUAGGAGAAUAUGAAAAAGCCAUUGACUAUUUCAAAAAAGGUUUAGAAAUAAGUACUGUUAUUGGCGAUAAGUCAGUAGCAGCAAAUAACAAUGCCAAUUUAGGCAUAACCUACCAUAGUUUGGGAGAAUAUGCCAAGGCUAUUGACUAUGGCAAAAAAGGUUUAGAAACGAGUACUGCUAUUGGUGAUAAUUUAGAAAUAGCAAGAAACAGUGGAGUGUUAGGUAAAGCCUAUCUCAAUUUAGGAGAGUAUGAGAAAGCUAUUGACUAUUGCAAAAAGGGUUUAGAAAUGAGUACUGCUGUUGAUAAUAAGUCAGGAAUAGCAAAUAACAAUGAAAAUUUGGGUGAUGCCUACCUUAUAUUAGGAGAAUACGAGAAAGCUAUUGACUAUUUCAAAAAAAGUGUAGAGAUGAGUGCUGAUAUUGGCCAGACGUCUGCAGUUGCCUCUAACAAUAGCAAUUUAGGCAUUGCCUACCUAAAAAUUGGAGAUUUUGAAAAAGCCAUCGACUCUUUGAAAACUAGUUUAGAAAUGAGAACUGUUAUUGGUGAUAAGCUAGGAAUAGCAAAAACUUGUAAAGACUUGGCAAAUGCCUACCUUGGAUUACGAGACGAUGUGAAAACCAUUGAUUAUUGCGAAAAAUGCUUGGAAUUAAGUCGCUAUAUUUGUGAUAAGGAAGGAAUAGCAUCUUGGAAUGGCAAUUUGGGUGAUAUUUGCGUUAGUUUUGGAGAGUAUGAGAAAGCUAUUUAUUAUUACAAAAAAGGUUUAGAAAUGAGUACUGCUAUAGGGGAUAAGUCAGGCAUAGCAACAAGCAAUGUCAAAUUGGGCAUCGCCUACCGUUAUUUGAGAGAAUUCGCCAAAGCUAUUGAUUACCUCGAAAAAGGUUUGGAAAUAAGUACUAUUAUUGGCGAUAAAUCAGGGAUAGCAGAUGCGAAUGGCGGUUUGGGCAUUGCUCAUAUAUUCUUGGGAGAGUAUGAAAAAUCUAUUGAUUGUCAAAAAAAGUGUUUAGAAAUUAGUACCGCUAUUGGCGAUAAGUAUCAAAUAGCAGAGGUCAAUUGUUAUAUGAGCGUUGUUUUUAGAUGUUUAGGACAAUAUGAAAAAUCUAUUCAUUAUUCCAAAAAAAGUUUAGAAAUGAGUACUGCCAUUGGCAAUAAGUCCGCAAUAGCAAAGAGCUAUUGUCAUUUGGGCAGUGCUUACCACAGCUUUGAAGAAUACGAGAAAGCUAUUGACUGUUACAGAAAGGGAUUAGAAAUUAGUACUGGUAUGGGCGAUAAAUCUGCAAUAGCCACUCAGAAAUUAAAUUUGGGCAGUGCCUACCUUGGAUUAGGAGAAUAUGAGAAAGCCAUUGACUAUUACAAGAAAGCUUUAGAAAUAAGCAUUGAUAUUAAUGAUCCGUCACUCUUAGCAAUUAGUAAAAGCAAUUUGGGAUUUGUUCUUGUAUUAUUAGGACAAUAUAAAGGUGCAAUAUCAUGUUUCAUGGAAUCUAUCAGCAUCCUUGACAAAAUGUUUUUAAACUCAGUACCAGACCAAAAUAAGUUGUCAUUCACUAAACAAUACUUUACCCAUGUAAAGAUCAUGAUUUGUUUUAUUUCUGUGGGUCGCAUUGAAUCUGCAUUAUUAGUCAUUGACCUUGGAAGGGCUAAAGAACUUCAUUGCUCCAUUGAAAGAAAAAGAAAUCUUUGA